AUGACACGAAAGAGCACACAACGGGCACCGGUACAGCCACGGUCGACGUCGACGAGAGUCUUUGAGCGAGUCCACUUAGAUUUCUGCACCAAGGACGGAACCAACAUCUUGGUUUUGGUUGAUGAUUAUUCCAAGUGGCUUGAAGCUGUGGGCUAUGACUUCUACUACCACCGCCAGCACCAUCGACAAGCUGCAAAUGGUCUUCGCGCCGGUACGGGUUGCCAGAAACUCGUUACAGACAACGGACCUCAGCUUACCAGUGACGACUUCGAAGACUUCAUGAGCGCUCAUGGAAUUCGCCAUGUUACUACUCCACCUUACCAUGCCGCAUCUAAUGGGUCGACUGAGAGAGCCGUCCAGACAGUAAAGAAAGACCUCGUGAAUAAAGUCUAG